GCAGGGGGAGGGAGGGGAGGAAAGAGCCUAUUUAUUACAAGAGCCAAGGCAGGAGGCCAGGCUGGUGAAACCCUCAGGCUACUGCCAACUGUGGGUGGACAUGCAUACAUGUGUGUUCAUGGUGUGCGUGUAUGCACACAUGCAUGCAUGUGAGCAUGGAUUGCUUGGGUAUGCACAUGCACUUGUGUGUGGAUAUGUGCCCACAUUGUGUUGCUGUGCACGCUAGCAUGCUUGUAUGAGUGUGCAAAUGUGCAUGCAUGUGUGCACGCUGUGUGUAUGUGUGUGCACAUGCACAGAUAUGCACAGGAUGGUUGCUCAAAUAGCCAGACAAGGACUAGGAAAAGAACAGCCCCACAGGUGCUCUUAGACUCCCAUAGCAAGAAAGCUCGGCUCCAUCUGGGGCUCACCCUUCCUCAGAGAUGCGGGCUGGGCCCUAACCAAGGUCAUGUCUCCUUUCUUGCAUUGAAAGAAUAAACCUCACCCUGCCCCUGGGCUGUUUCCUGGCUGUAUUUGGUCCAGUAGUGACAGGAAAGUCCUCCCUGCUAUCCGUGCUCUUUGGGAAGCUGUCAGGUGGAGGGGUUUGUGAGCAUGAAGGUGAUGGCACCCCCUGUCUGCUAGGAUAUCCCCCUCAUCCUGAAAGUCCCCCUUCCACUGUGCCUUUCCAUCCCUCCCCAUCUCAGCCAAGUUCACUUUCAUUCAUUCUCUCCACCACCCACCCACCACCGAGAGCCAAGCUCCCGCUGCUCCUCAAAACCUGUCAUACCUCUGUCCCCAUCAUCCUUCUGUGACCAAAGUAAGUUGUGUUUUAAUUUUCAGUGGCCUGCAUGUUCCAGGAGGCCUGGUGGAUGCCGAACACCUCUGUGGUGGAGAAUGUGUGCCUCGGGCAGGAGCUGGACUCAGCCUGGCUGGAGAGUCCUAGAGGGCUGCGCCCUAUGGCCAGAUGUGGACAGCGUCCCUGCGGGAGUCCACACUUCAUUUGGGGAGCAGAAACAGAACCUGAGACCAGCACAAGGACCCUGGAGACUCCUCUGCAGGCAGGAGGCCCGGUUUAGACCUGAGAGGUCCAUCAAGUCAAUCCUUGAGAAGGACCACACCACUUCAUUAACCCAGACGGCAGUUCCUCUAGAUGACCAUGACAGGACAGCCUGGCCAACGGGAAAGGACAGCAUGCAAUAUGGCAGGGAUCUCACCCUGUAAAAUUUCAACAAGUCCCAUAAAUUCAUUCAUAACCUCUUUUGGUGCUAUCUCUUAACAGAAGUACUAUGCAACUGGCCUUGGACUUCUUCAUUCACAGAGAGGGAAACAAGGUGAAUACGAAAUAUAAUUUCUACAUUUUAAAGUGUGUGUGUGUGUGU